UCCACCAAUGGGACAUGUCUCAUUACGGUUCACAGUCAGAUCCCGCUAAGAUGUACAACGCGAGAUCGCGUGGCAACGCUGCCAACGAGGGGAUUUCCCCAAAAAGAAUUAUCACCAUCAGCUCUCUGCUCCUAGUCCUUGGCUUCAAUCAAGUGGCGUCCAUGUCGCUGGAUCGUCUAGCCUUGGAGAGAAACGAAUUGCCAGCGGAUCAAUCUCAGCAACAACAACAGGAUGUCCUUGUGGACGACAUGAAGCUCACAUCCAUUCCGUCAUCCGAUUCUUCAGACAUGUAUAUGCUAAUACCCGAAACGGUGGCCAGUCAACUGGAGGACACCGAGCAUGUGAAUCGCAACUCUAUUGAAGCCGAUCCCGAAUCUGACCCAUCUAACUCAAACUCUGCCUCUGAUAUGCUAAUGCUGGAGAGCGAUUCCAGUCCAGCUAUGCAACUUGUCGAGCUGCCCAGCGAAAUUACAGUGGCAGAAUCCCAGCCAGAAACGGAACACGAUGCAGAGAACGAUCAUCAGCAGCCCGAAUCGAUCGAGGAGCAUGUGGUCUUAAUGAAACCCAUUAGCCAGGAGGCUCAGCUUGAGCAAGCUGUGGACUUGGCCACAGAGGCAGCUCCAGUUCCCGUCCGCGAUGAGCUACCAGAAGAGGAGGAAUCUCCAGCUGACACCGACAGUGCGGUAGAAGAAUCGGCGAAGGAACCAGAACAGGAAAUGAAUGAUCAAGUGCCCGAGGAAUCUGAAGUUCAGCCAGAACAAAUUCAACCAGAAGAAUCCCUGCCAGAUACCGAAGCUGAGCAAGAAGAGAAAAAGCAGGAGGUUGAAAGUCAGCCAGAAAUGGAGGCCCAACCUGAAGCAGAACCCCAAUCAUAUAUUGAGUCCCAGCCAGAUGUUAAACCUCAAUCAGAAAUUGAAUCUCAACCAGAAGCUGAGUCUCAACCUGAAGUAGAAUCUCAACCUGAAGCUGAAUCCCUACCAGAAAUUGUAUCUCAACCAGAAGCUGAGUCCCAACCAGAAGUGGAAUCACUGCCGGAACAUGAAUCCCAGCCAGAGGUAGAAGCUCAACACGAGAGCGAACCACAACCCGAAGCUGAAUCUCAGCCAGAAGUUGAAUCUCAGCCUGAAGGGCCACCCGAGUCGGAGAAGGAACCCGAAUCUGAAGUUGAGAAAUCCAGCGACAACGAAGUGGAUACCACGGAAGCAUCUCUGAUGGAAACAUUGGUAGAGGGCAUUGAAGAUGGUCUCACCGCUGCCAUGGACAACCUUGUUCCCGAAGAAUUGGCCGAGGCCACCGAGAGCAAGCAGCAGGAUCAAGAAAAUGAAGAGCAGCAGUCCCCUGUCACAGAAGCCAUCGAAGAGGAGAUCGUCCCUGAAGUUGAGCAGCAAAAGGAAAAGGAACCCGAGCAGCUCACCUUGGCCGAUGAGCCAGAGGAGGAAAUAGCCCAACCCUCAAAUGUCGAACCCGUCGAGAUUGCCCCAGAGCAGCAAGUUCAGGCGGAGGUUGCUCCAGCUGAAAUCGCAGAGGAAAUCAAACCUGAAGAGGAAUCCCAGCCAGAGGAGGAGGCCAAGCCACUUGAAGAGUCCAAGGCAGAAGAGGAAAUUAAAGUGGAAGAGCAAGCCAAGGCAGAGGAGGAGGCCACCCAGAAUGAUACCGAGAUUCAGCCAAUGAUCAAUGAAGAAAAACACGAAGAAAUUCCUGAAGAAGCUGAAGUCGCGGCGGAAAUCCCUGCGGAAGUCCUUGCUGAAGCUCCUGCUGAAAUUCCAGCUGAAACUCCUGCUGAAAUUUCAGCUGAGACUCCUGCUGAAACUCUUGAUGAAAAACUAGCUCUCAUUCCUGCCGAAUCUACUACUGAAAAGCCAGCUUCUAUUCCUGCUGAAGUUCUUGCUGUAAUCCCUGCUGAAACCCCUGCUGAAACCCCUGCUGAAACCCCUUCUGAAACCCCUGCUGAAACCCCUGCUGAAACCCCAGUGGAAACUCCAGAAGAAAUUCCUGCUGAAAUUCCAGCGAAAAUCCAAGACGAAAUCCAAUCUGAUUCCACCCAAACCGAACCCGAAGUGCAGAAGGAAACUGUGCAGUCAGAAAUGGAAUCCGCCCAGCCAGAGAAGGAAACCAAGCCCGUGGAAUCUUCCCUCCUGACCACCAUUAUACCAAUGGUGGUGUCCCAACCUCAGGUGCCAUCUCAACCCAUUCAGGUUCAGGAUAGUGUGCUCAACUACGUCAACGCAUCGUUCCUGCAGCAGCAGCCAUCGGAAACUGAACUGCCCAAGGCGGAGGAGGAGUCUCCAAUUAAUGCCCAUCUGCGACGCUACGAUGGUGCCCAAGUUUGGCGUAUUGUUGUCCAAACCGACAAGGAUAAGCGAAUGGCCGAUGAACUGCAGUCCAAAUAUGAUGGUCAACUGUGGAAGGAAGUCAAGCAAGAGGUCGACUAUCUGCUGAAACCGCAAGUCUUGGCCGCCGCCGAGCGUCAUAUUCGCGCUGCUAAUCUUUCCCGGAUUGUUCUCAUUGACAACCUGCAGCACGUCAUCGAAAAGGAGAAUCCCCCAGCGGAAAAGAUUGCUGAGCUGCAGAACCGAAAGGGACACCGCCUCACCUGGCAGGCAUACCAUCGCCUGGAGGACAUCCAUGGCUUUAUUGACUACAUGGCCAAGACCUAUCCCGACAUUUGUUCCACUGAGAUCAUCGGUUACUCUGUCGAGAAGCGACCACUGAAGAUUCUUAAGAUUUCUAAUGGCAAUGCUCGUAAUCCUGGUGUUUGGAUCGAUGGUGGUAUGCAUGCCCGUGAAUGGAUCAGUCCUGCCACGGUUACCUACAUUGCCAACCAGCUGGUCGAGGGAUGGGAAGAUCUGCCCGAGCACAUGCGUAGCAUCAACUGGUACAUUCAUCCGGUCGCCAAUCCCGAUGGCUAUGAAUACUCCCACACAACCGAUCGUCUCUGGCGCAAAAAUAUGCGUGCUCAUGGUCGCCAGUGUCCUGGAGUGGAUCUAAAUCGUAACUUUGGUUACAAAUGGGGCGGCAAGGGUACCUCCGCCAGUCCUUGUUCUCAGACAUAUCGCGGCAGCAAGGCCUUCUCCGAACCAGAGACCUUCUACAUCUCCAAGUUCAUCAGCGGUUUCCCUAGGGAGACCUUCCAGGCGUACCUCUCAUUCCACAGUUACGGCCAGUACAUUCUGUAUCCUUGGGGCUACGAUUACCAGCUAACCCAGGAUCGUGCUGAUCUAGAUCGUGUGGCACGUCAGGCGGGAACAAGCAUCACCAAGUCAACAGGCGUGAAAUAUACGGUGGGAUCCUCCGCCACAACUCUGUACCCUGCCGCCGGAGGCUCUGAUGAUUGGGCCAAGGGCAUUGCAGGUAUUAAGUAUGCCUACACCAUUGAAAUGGGUGAUACUGGAAGGUAUGGCUUCGUCCUGCCAGCCCGCUUCAUCCAGUACAAUGGCAAGGAUGGCGUGACCUUCGCCGACACUGUGGCCAGGGCCAUUGCCCAAGGACGCGGCAAAUCGGUAGCCAGGAACAGCAGUGGCAGCCGGAGGCGUCGCCACUAGUCCUGCCACUUAGUUCAAUGCGAUUUUUUAGUAAAUCAGCGUAAUGAUUUUUUUUUUUUGCUAUUUAUAUGAAUACUAUUUAUUUAUUUAUUUAUUCUACUUGUAACUAGACAAAUUGAACACACACAAAAGAACACACAAAAAAAAAAAAGAAAACA